AUGACCAGACCAAACCCCACCAUCGUCCUCGUCCCCGGCACCCUGCUUCGACCUGCUGCGGCCCCUGCUGCACGCCCACGGCUAUCCCACAGCAACAGUCGCCCACCCAUCCAUCGGCGCCGAGCCGUCUACCAAAACCCUGGCAGGACCGUCGUGCUCGUCGGGCACUCGUACGGCAGGACCGUCGUCUCGAACGCUAGCGAGGGGCUGGGCGAGCUGGAGCGCGCGCGCCAAGGCCGCAAGGGCGGGAUCGCGCUCGUGGUAUAUCUUUUCCGCCUAGGGAUGAGUGAGCGGCCAUGGCUGAUUCCAGACAGGGCGAUUGAUUACUCCUCCACCACCGACCAGGCGGAUAUCUUCUACCACGACGUGCAGCCGAAACUGCAGCAGGCCGCGAUUGCGACGCUGCGCCAUGGCUCGCGCGCGUCGUUUUACUCGGUCGUCACGCAUGAGCCGUGGCAAUGCAUUCCGUGUGGGUAUAUCCACUGUGACGAGGACAGGGCGGUACCGCCGGCGUUGCAGGAGAUGUUUGUGGCGCUGAUGAGGGGGAGCGGGCUGGGGUUGGGGGGAGGCGUGGAGCGUCCGCUGCCGCCGGUGCUGACGGCGCAUUUUGCCGUCGUCGCAUUCACCGUUUCUGAGUAUGCCGGGCAUGACGGCGGGGGUGCUUUUGAAGAUGGUUGCGGAGAGUGA